AUAUUAGCUCACAAUAAAGUCAGCAGUUGAUACGUUUGAUUUGCUACUUCAAAACCGUCAAUGUUAUUUUAUUAUCUAAAGCGAAGGUGUUCAUAACUGAACGAUAGAAUUGAGUAUAUAAGAGUGCUUCUAACUUUUCGAUAAGUGGAUUAAAUAAUACACAUCCGAAGAAUGCCGCAAGAGGAGCAGGAUGCUAAACAAACCUUUUUGGGGUUUGAUUUGAGCACGCAGAAGCUAAAGGCCAUCCUUUUGAAUUCAGAACUGAACGUGGUUGCCACAGCUGAGGCUAAAUUCGAUAGCGACUUACCGGAGUUUCGAACCAUAGGUGGGGCGAACCCAGGCCCCAAUAAAUUCGAGUACUUUGUUCAGCCGGUGAUGUGGGUUAAGGCAAUGGAUAUUGUGUUGGAUCGUUUAGUGAUGCAGGAGGUAGACCUUAGCACUGUCCUCGCCAUUAGUGGAUCUGCUCAGCAGCACGGCUCUCUUUACUGGUCGAAGCACGGCAUUACGGCUCUACAAAACUUAGAUGCCGAUAAGUUUUUGCACGCGCAAAUCGACGACUCAGCGUUUGUUGUUAACCGAACGCCUAUAUGGAUGGAUGCGUCUACAUUAAAGCAAUGCUUUGAAAUGGAGACGGCUAUUGGUGGGCAUACUGAAAUGGUUCAGAAGACGGGCUCCAAGUGCUACGCGCGCUUCACAGGACCACAAAUUCGCAAAAUUUACCAGCAACGCACACAUGCAUAUGAGGACGCACGGCGUAUUUCAUUAGUCAGCAGUUUUCUGGCCUCGCUGUUUCUGGGAAAAGUGGCGUCCAUUGACUAUGCCGACGGCUCCGGCAUGAAUCUGUUGGAUAUUCGUAAUAAGACGUGGUCAAAAACGUGUCUCAAUGCUUGUGCGCCAGAUCUGGAGGAGCGCCUUGGGGAACCAGUCAGUGGAUUUUCCAUUCUUGGCAAUGUGAGUGACUAUUUCGUGCAGCGCUUUUGCUUUCCACCCACAUGCAAAGUGGUAGCGUGUACGGGAGACAAUCCGUCUGCUUUGGCCGGAAUGCUUGUCGACAAGAACUGGCUGAGUAUCUCGCUGGGAACUAGUGAUACGCUUAUGAUGACCUUAGACGAGCCCCCCAAUUUGGAAGAGGGACAUGUCCUAUGUCACCCGACUGAAUCUCAUGAAUAUAUGGGUCUUUUAUGUUUUAGAAAUGGAUCACUCGUUCGUGAAGCGUUAAAAAAAUCUGAAGCUGAUAACAACUGGGAAAGAUUCAAUGAACUGUUAGACUCGACGCCACGAGGCAAUUUCGGAAAUAUGGCACUGCACUUUAAUGAGAUGGAGAUUAUACCAAAAGCUAAAGGAACGCUGCGCUGGAACAAGGAUAUGAACAGCAGUUCGCACGAUGCUGCAAAGGGUGUGCUUAAAUUCAGCUCGCCGCAAAUUGAGAUUCGUGCUUUAGUCGAGGGUCAAAUGCUGCAUCAUCGAGCUAUCGCGGAGGAUAUGGGCUUCCACUUUGGCAGCCAGACAAAUAUUCUUGUUACUGGCGGUGCAUCCGUCAACAAGUCCAUACUGCAAGUCAUUGCCGAUGUCUUCAAUGCACCAGUUUACACACAAAAUGAAAGCGAGGCAGCUCUUCUUGGUGCUGCAUAUCGGGCAGCCUAUGCGUAUCAUCUGCAUCACAUUAGCAACACGGAGUCUAUUAAAAGCUAUCGCAACUUUAUCUUGGGCCAGACCCCAAACCAUUUAAAGCUCGUUUGCGAACCUAAUAAGGAUAGUGGGUCCAUCUACACGCCCAUGCUACAGAGGUAUAGGGAUAUGGCCCACAUCCUAGAGAGCCAGUUUGGUCAUUAAACUAAUUCUCAUGAUACGGUCACCACAAACUCAACAAGUGGUCGUCCGUCUCUUCUUACUUUGCGUCCCAUGAUUUGGAUAUCUGUCAAGUUUUUCAAUUCCACAUUCCAGUCUUCAUUUCUUAUAACGGCAUA